AUGAGUGAGGUGUAUAGAGACAAGAAAGGAGACAUGGCUCAAGAUGACGGGAACCAAAACUUCGACACGAAAUACACCAAAAUAUACGUGGGAGGUUUGCCUUGGAGAACAAGAACCGAUGGUUUGAGAACCUACUUCCGACAAUUCGGAGAAAUUAUCCAUGCUAAUGUAGUUUGCAAUAGAUACACAGGACGAUCAGAGGGAUAUGGUUUUGUCACGUUUAGACAUGCUGAAUCUGCGACGAGGGCUUGCCAGAAUCCAAACCCGAUCGUAGAGGGACGAGAGGCCAAGUGCCAGCUUGCUUAUUUUGGUGCUAGGGUUUACAAUAACCAAAACGUCGACCAACAACUACAAGUACUACCUAUGUACCCAACUGGGACCAGUUUGCACCGCGAUAUCAUACUCAUGGCUACGUGCCUUAUGGUUGUUGGACACACCAUAACCCUUACUACUGGAACUGGAACUGGAACCAACCUGACUUUUGACUUUGACUUAUGCGAGCUAUCUCUUUCGUUGUUGUCUCAGACACUACUUAGCUUAACUAUUGUUGACCAGACUCUAAUAGAGUAUUAA